CCGCCAUUUUAUAAAAUAGAAACAUGCCGGACGAAAAGGUUGGUUUUAUGACUUUUAUCCUGGUUUUAUAUUAAAUGUUUGACUUCGCACAACUUUCAUUUCGAAAUUUCAAGAAGAUUAAAUAGAUAAAUGAGCGAACGUUUUUAUUUUGCAGGAUAUAAAUUCCGACGAGCCAAUGCACAAUACAGAUGUACGCCAGAACGAUAUCACAGAAUUACAUUUUGGGGAACGGUAAGACCAAGUGUGAUAUUCUUUAAAAUGUAUUUCUGGAAUUUCAUGGACAAUUUUGGUUUAUGACAGUAAAUAUGUGGCAGUGUAGGUAAUUGUAAACAUGUCAGGUAAUUGGUAACAAUUACCUUCAUUUGAUUAAACAGUCUUUAGACGUAGCAAGAAUAUCUGAAAUUUAAAAUGUUCUUGGCUUCAUUCAAUUUAAUUCAGUAUUGUUUUCGUUGUCUGUACAGAUGGAGGGUGUGCUCAUCGACUCAUGGUCAUGGUUUAGGGUACAACCGUUGACCAAGUUCGUUUGCCAAUGUUAAGGGGGGUGCAUCCCCCUGGGCAGUAAAUUCAUCCCUGCAGGUAAGCAAGAGCCAGGUUGGAAUCGAUGCAGCACGGCCGCCACAUAUUUUACGCCAAGAAAAUAUGUAUAGAUUUUUGUACGCCAGGCUAAAAAAAUAUAAAACUUCCUGACGUUGUUCGAGAUAUUGCACUAUGUAGUCGCAUGAGCACGGUAAUAACUGUAAUACAUCGCGUUUUUAAUAUAUAUAAUAAUAUAAACGUUGUUCAUGUGUUACAAAAUGCUGUUACUUUUAUUGCACUAUUAACAUCGAUGCAGAUCUUUUACACUGCAUCCAGAGGUGUAACUUAACACUUGCCCAGGGCAAGUGAAUAAUAUGACGAGCAAGUAAACGUUUUAUCUUGCUUGCCCGAUUGGGAAGUUGCCUUGCCACAAAAAGCUGGGCAUCUUUAAGUUCAUGUUUUCAUUGUCAGAUAAAUUUUUUAUAGUGCAUGUACUUGAUUCAAUUUUUUUUGGUGGGCCAAAGCUAGAUCUGAGGCAGUAUAACAUAUAGCCAUAUAGAGCUGCAGUGGGAGAAUGGGUUGGCAAGUUUUCCCCUUAAUUUAUACCCCCUACUUAGGUACCCCAGUGGCAAUUGUCUGAUGCAAGUGAAUUUUAUUCAGGGCAACUAAUUUUCAUGUCCAACUUGAAAUAAAUUUGUCAUAGCCAUAGAAACAAAUUUGUCAUAGCCAUUUGGGCAGGCGUUUCCUCUUUUCCCGCCCGUCAGCUAAACGCCUGCUACGCAGGCUACUAUUUAGGCUAUCCAACAAACCCACUUCUCUGCCCUUUCACAACAAAGAAACACAUGAUGCCAAAUAGAUUUAUUUAUUGCCCUAGUUCACAUACUAUGUGACCACAAUUAGCCUGCCUCGUACCCAGGUGUCUCUUUGUAAAAAAAAGUGAUGCAUGUAUGACGAGUUUACAUGAAAUAUUGUUGGCAAGAGAAGGGUGAAGCCGUGAAGGGGUUGAUGAGAAGAGUGCAACAGCCCCUUCGUGCGUCGCCUGCCUGCCUGCCUGCCUGAAUACUUCAUGUAUUAUAUUUAAAGCGCCUGGGUACGAGGCAGACAAUUAGCAUUCAUGCUAUGGUAAAUGAUAUUGUCAAUCUACAAAAAAAUACUGAAUUUAUUGUGUUUGACUGUAAUUAGCAUAUAUGAGUACAGAGUAAUUAUAUCAGUUUCAGUUCACAAUUAAAUACUGACAAUUAAAUUAUCUACUAAGACCAUGUUCACAUGAACCCGGGAUAACUUUCUGACCCGAGGCAACUCGCUGUCCCGGGACAACAUUACUCGCGUUCAUAUUGGUCCCGGGACAAGUUCUUUGAAUUAUGGCAGGAAUUAAAUAAGUUUGGCGGUAAACGGGAAAAUGUAAAUAUUCACGGAUUAUGCCUCCAAAAACGACACAUAUUGUUUUGCUUUGUGCUAUUUUAACAAAUUUGAGUACAAUUAUUGCUUGGCCUGCAGCUAAACGUUCAUUUGCUACUGUUUCUGAAUGAAAAAAUGAGGCAGAAUGAGCAAAUAGCUAUUUCUACAAUCCUUGAUGCAAAUCGUUCAACAGAAAGGCUUCAUGCAACGUACCAGGCGAAAGCUUUCUGAGCGAAGAAAACACUGGAUAAACCCUGGAAGAAAACACUGGAUAAACCCUGGAAGAACGUCUUUAUGGUGGGAAAACUUAAUAAACGGAGAAACACUUGAGGAAGAAUGGGUAAAAAAACUUAAGAAUGACUAGACUGGACUUUCUAGAUUUAGUAGAUCACUUGAGAAUGGACAUUGGACCUGAUCUGAAUGCAGUUAGGGAAUCUUUGUCACCUGAGAAGAAAGUUGCGAUGACACUUCAUUACCUUAAGGAUCAAGGGUCUUACCUGAUGACUUGCAAUGCCUUUGGGGUUGGCAAGUCAACAUUAUCAACUGUGGUAAAACAAGUUUGCAAAGCAAGAGAGUAGGCCCAAGGUAUUUGAAUUUACCCAAAAGUGAAAUGGAAAUGUCAGUUUUGAUUAAUAAUUUCCAUAAAAAGUUUGGGUUACCUCAGGUAUUCCGCUGUGUUGACGGAAUCCACAUACCAAUUAAACAGCCAACAGAAAACCCUCAUGAUUACUUUUGUUAUAAAAUGAAAUUCACCUUGAACUGUCAAGUAUAUGUGAUCAUAAAGGACGUUUUCUAAAUGUGGAAAUUAAAUGGCCAGGAAGUGUUCAUGAUGCUAGAGUUCUGACAUCAAAUUCUGACAUCAACAAAAUGUUUCAAAAUAAGCAAAUUCCAAUGGUAUUGAAAGAACUUUUGCUUGGUGAUGAUAAAUUUCCCCCAGUUAUCUUGGGUGACCCUGCAUAUACCCACUUUUGCCCAAUGUAAUGAGGGAGCAUGCAUGUUGCACUGAAAAUGAACAUGUGAUUUUCAAUGAAAUGCUAAGAUCUGCUAGAAACCAAAUUGAGUGUACAUUUGGUCGUCUGAAAGCUUAACAUAUAUGUGUAUAUUAUACUAUUAUUAUACAAUGUCAUAAUAGUCAAUCAAGCACUCCAAAGUAUAACAUAGCCCUUAUCUGCACCACCUGAUUUAGAUUGCUGAGUAGCAACCCUUUGGUGAUUUAUAUAGGUUGACUGUGGUACUGGGUACAUUGGGGAAUCCUGCUAAUGGUUGAUAAUUCACACCAAAGUUCCCAAAGGCUGGAUGAUUUUGUUGUUGUUGUUGUUGUUGUUGUUGUUGUCGUUGGUGGUGGUUUUGAGAUAAUGCCUGGGCAAGUAAUCCAAAUCCCUGAACUAGUCCAGUUCCUAGAGAACUAAUCGAGUCCGCCAUUUUAUUCAUUGCACUGUUAAUACCUUUGUUUGACUCCAGCAACCCAUGGGCAAUACUAGUUUUCAACUCAAUUUCUUCCUUUGCUGCAUUCAUAAGAACCAUAUAUCUCUUUGCUUUGCUGACAACUGCUUCUCUAACUUCUUUCUUUUGUUAUCGACAAACUUUGGAGUGACUGGAAUAAUUCUCUUUCUAGAAUCAAGUAUGGUGUGACUCUCCUCCGAUUCCCUGUUGUUCUCUACAUCUUGCAAUUCUGGCUGCUGAAUCUGCGAGUUGGCAUCAUCCUCUUUCUCGAAGAGACUGUUCAUAAAUGUUUCCUCAUCAUCAGUCUCCACUAAAACAGUGCUUAAAUUUUCCCCAUUGAUCUCUCGAGUUGUGCAACCAUUGUCUAUUGCCUUUGUCGCAGGUGAACGAGCCCAAAUUUCCGUUAAAUCCUCCCAGUUGUCUCGUAUUAUUCUGCCACUUCCAGAUCUUGUACCAGUGUUUACAGCAUUAUGAUAGUCCUGUCUGAGAGCUUUUAUUUUCUCUUUCACUCGAUCAUACCCUUUUUUAAUUGCGCUUUUUCAGCUUUAACUUCGUUUUAAACUCUUUCAAUUUUCAUUCAUCUCCUGCAAAGGCUUUGAACUUUCAGAUACUGAUACUGGACCAAAAUCGCUAUCUUCGAAGGUAAUCGGCAUCAAUCUUCGCAAUUCUUCGUAAAAUACUACGAGAUCCGCUUCAAAGUCGACACCCUCGAACUCUUUCUUCGAUUUAUAUUCUUUAAUAAACGUUAAAAGGUCUUUUACCAUGUCAUUUGUCCAUUUCCACUUUUUGGUCUUGUUGCCACCACGAGGUUGUUUGGACGCCAUCUUGAAAAAUAUGUAUGUUCACAUGAGAAAAAGUUAUCCCGGCUAGGCGAUUGCCCCUGUCUACAAAGGCGAGUCACUCGGGUCGAUUCUGGCCCCGGGACAAGAAAAAUAUCAUGUGAAUAGCACUAUCGAAACUUGUUAAUUUAGCUAGGCCAUACGCGCAAGAUAUUAUUUGCCCUUUCAUGACCAAGAAUUCCCAAUGGAGACAUAUUAUUAAAUACAAUAUAAAAAUAUGCAACCUAUUCGAAAAUAUUUCAACGAGUAACGUAGAGAGACUUCUAAAUGCGGUUCUUGUCGUGAAAAUCGUCGAACUACUCCGAAAAAUGUCGCUUUGACCCAUGUAGUCCAUGUAAUAUUGUUGACCAGAUCGUUUCAGCCGAGUUUUUAGGGACCGGUCAUAAAGUAACUGCUAGGGUGGGCUGGAGGUAAAUCACAAAUUUUGCCAAUAAGUUUGGUGACCCAUCUUAGCAGCCUCGUACCCAGGCGCUUUGGUUUUUUACGUCAUUAAGUGCACGUGGGACGGCACGCGAGGAAGAAAAAUGGAAAAUUCGGCGGGAAGCGCCUGGCAGAAUUCGCAUUCAAAAUGGCGGGUCAGUGUUCUGCAAGUGUUCUGUAUUAUUUAUAUUAUUAUUGAAGUGACAUUGUUUACAGCAGAAUACGGGUUCGUACAUUGCCAGUACUCUUUGGAGUGCAAUAUUUAACUUAAACUUUUAAUAGUUUGCUUUGUUCAUACUGUUUUAAUAUUAACUAUGCAGUCAGCACUACAGCUAGUGUCAUGAUUUUGCUGUUUUUGUUCAAUAUCAGUUCUAUAUCACGCAUUGUAUUUAUCGUAUUAACCUCAAAAUUUGUAUAGUUGAGAUACAAAAUUUGAUUUAUUUGUCAAGAUUUGUAUAAUUUAGAGCCAUAUGGUUCGAAUGUAGCCAUAUAUAGUAAUAUAGGUAUAUUUUGACCUUGGCAAGGCCAGGUGUUGUCGUGCGGAUAUAUCGCUUUUUAUUACUUGCCAAUUCAUGUUAUAUUUGCAAAUCACUGGUUAUUUUGAACCUAGUUAUAUUUCUCGUCAUUUUAAUCCAGUAUAUUAAACGUAAAUGACCGUACUACUCUCUGCAGGACGACACGAAUAUCUAUUGUUGUGACUGUUUACAAAUAUAAACUGUUUGCCGCCGCCUAUACUCCUAUAGGCCGCCCCGUUCUUUGAGAGUUUGAGCCUCUUGAGAUCGGUAUUCUGAUGCCUUUCAUCAUAUUGCAAUGCCAUUUCUGUGACUUAUUCAAUCCAUAAAGCGACUGAAACAACGAAGGCUACGUAGAUUCACUCCAAAACGAAUUUACACUAGGCUGUUUGAUAAUAUAAUUAUAUAGUAUUUAAUAUUUUAAUAUACCUGACUUUGUGUAGUUUAAAUAAGCACGAUAUUCGCACAAAUUUACAUUCAACAGUUAUUCUUUUGAAAGAUUCAUCAAUGUCAUACAGUUUUCAAUGAAAAGUGGUAUUUCAAACCUUUAAAAUUCCAGUUUAUUGAGUCCGCUCCAGAAAUUGCAAUCCGCUCCAGAAAUCGAAACGGAUUCUGCCAGGCGCCUCACCAUGAAAUCGAUCAAAUUAAUCCACGCGGCCCACGCAAAGCCGCGCAAGCCCAGAACAACACAUAGCGCCUGGGUACGAGGCUGCCAUCUUAGGAUGUAGAUAAAAAUUUCAAAGCCCAUCCAAUCUUACCAAAUUUAUUUUAUGACCCACCCACCCAAUCUAAAUUGGGAAAAUACACAUUUAUAAUGAACAAAACUUGCAGGUAUGAACAUAUAUCAAUACAGUGCCGGUGUAUAUCUUUAUUUUUGUAUCUGCGAAGCAGAUUCGAGCUUAUAUCAUUAAGCCAAUCAGCGAUUAGCUUACAUCGUGCUUGCACCUAACCUGCGAACGGGCGUAGUUUGGCCUCGUGUAUUAAAGUCGUGUUAUUCACUUAUUCUUUUCCAUAUUUUGGCUUCAAAAAUAUCUUGAUUUUAUCUUGAAUUGGCUGUCUUGUUUUCACCAUUCUACUUGUGAUAUUAUUCCGAAGUUAUCUAUCAACAUGGAAACUUAUCCUCAUCUGGUAAGUAGUCAAAUACCACAUAUUUUAUUAUAUACAUUUAUACAGUAUAAAAACAAUCAUUGUGUAAUAUUUUAAACAGUCAAAACUCUCUCUGCAAGCAUUAAUAUAUUGCCAAUUAACAAUAUCACAAGAAACUAUUGUUCUCAGGAGAUAUUGAAUUAAAUCCUGGUCCUGUAUUUCUGUAACUCUGUUCAAAACAACAGUCCAACUAAGUUGUCAUCAAAUGUAGUGUUAGAGCAAAGGUAAAGAUGUCAUCAGAUAAAAUUGUACUUAUACAUUUUGGUUUUACACAAUAAUAGAGUUAAUUAAACAAAAUUGUUACAACCAUUUUCAAAUGCUAUUAAAAGAAUCCCCACCCUCCUUCCUCAUUACAUUGUCAUUUUGCUUUCUAAUAUAAAUAUUUUUGUUUAGAGAUUAAUACAAGAAUGAUGAAUACAUGUACUGAUCUACUGGAUAUUGGCUGGAUAAUUUUGUCAAAACAACCCACUUGCAAGACAAACUUACCUAAAUUCAUUAGUUUGGAAAAUAACUUAACAGCUACAAUAAUCAUAUAUUAUAUGGAUGGAUCAGAUCAACGGCACACAAUGUACAAAACUAAAUUUGUGAUACCUUCUACUCAAACAGAUAUUCUCCCACAACACAAAUUGUUUUUUGUGUGGUUAUGCUGAGUUAAACCGAACAGUGUGGCAUAUAUCAUUAACUGUGCACAGGAUUGGAAUUGAAUUAUAUACUUCACUCAUGACCUUCAAAACAUUCUCUACUAUUCAGUGGUCUUCGGUAUAUGAUUGACUCUUUGCUACAGUAAUGUAUGUCCCUGGAUUAGUUUGUGUAUGUUACUCAACAGUUAACAUUGGCAAGUGUAAACAACAAGUGACAGAACUUUUGCUUCAUAUGAUUACAAUAAAGUUUUGAAAAUUUGAUGAGUAUGGAUUGACAAGUGACAGUUUACUAAAUAGCCAGCUGUAUAGACACUUCGAAUAAUCACAUUAUAAAAUUAGUUAAAUUUUCUCGGCGGGGAGGGGCAUUUCCCCUGCUGCCCUCCGUGCAGUGUACAGCCCUGUUAGAUUUGUAUUAUGUUUGACUUUAAAAUCUUAUUUCCUAUAAUAUUUAUCCAGACCUUGUUCAAUGUUAUCUGCCGAAGCCAAAGGCUGAUAACAUUGACCGAGGUCUGGGCAUUACCUGAUAUCAUUCAAAAGUCGAAUUCAAUAAUUGUUUUAUUAUAUCAUUGUUAUAAAUUCACAUUCAAAAUCAAAUCCCAAGACAAUUUUCAAUGUCGUUGUAGGUAGCAAGAUAUUGAGAAUUGUCUGUUAUUUCUUAGCCAAUCACAAUCGAGAUUGCAUCACCAUUCACAAUUAUUUUCUGUAACUUACACUGACCAAGUAUGUCACUAUGCUAACAUAUUUUUUAUGAAAUUAUAAAAAUGAUACCCAGAUCGAGGUUCAAUAAUAGAAACUAUUCAUAGUUACCUUGUCCAGAAAACUGUUUUAUUCCAUUGUGCAUUUUCAUGAAGUGAGGCACAUGGUUACAAUAAGAUUACAUGAUUACAAUAAGGUUUUGAAAAUUCGAUGAGUAUGGAUUGACAAGUGACAGUUUACUAAAUAGCCAGCUGUAUAGACACUUCGAAUAUUGUUUGCAUGAAAUUUUUAUUUCCUGACUGCAUAAUUAUUCGCUACAAGCAUAAUCACAUUAUAAAAUUAGUUAAGACAAGUGACAGUUUUAGUUAAGACAAGUGACAGUUGCUAUAAUAUUUAUAAUAAGUGAUGAUAGUAGAUAUGGGUUUUUGUUUGGUGGCCCAACCGUGGACAUACAAAAAAAUUGGUGGCCCAUCGAAACUGCCCAAAGAUUUUCCAUGGCCCAUCCCAAAUCACUCCGGCCCACCCUAGCAGUUACUUUAUGACCGGUCCCUUAGCCAUAUUUAAUUUAAGGGAAUUUCCCAUUGAAAUCGCUUUGCCCCGCUCAACUUUCUGUGUAAUUGCCUAUCCUGUGCAUUUUUUGUCCGCCUGAAUGCUCGCGGACACGCCAUGAAAGUAGAACUAUACAUUCAACUUUCUUGUCGUGUCCGCGCGACUGAUUUUUCACGUGAUUAAAAUUGGUCACUCCACCCGCGCGGGCAAAGCGACUUUAAUUACCUUCGUAUUAAAUUUAUGAAUUAAUUAAUACUAAUUAUGCACCCCAAAUCUUGGGGGGCUGUAUUGUGAUUGGUCAAUCAAAACAAUCAUGCCGAAGACCAUUUGCCCAGCCGUUAGAUGGGAGCGAGUGCCGAGAACCCUAACGGCUGGAAUCCGAGCCUAUAACAUCGCAGCCGCUAUAUAUAUUACAACUUACGGAGUCCAUUUAAAGUAUGGUCCAUUUUGAGAAAAGGUCCAUGGAAAAGGUUGCCUAAUGGGCGUGCAGUUAAGGUUAAUGGGCCACUUGCCUUAUAGCGAUGCCUGCUAUGCAUGACUGUAGGAGUCGUCACUUUGUAAUCGAACGGCAUGGCGACUGUAGGAGCGAGGGAUUUUGUUUUGAAUAUGAAAUGGCGGAUUUUUAACUUACAACGUUUUGCAUCCAUUGAUAACUUUUAUCCACAGGAAAACAACAACCCACCGGGCACACGACGUUGUUUCAACGUUGAGAUUUGGUUGAAAAAGGUUGUGACGUCGACAACCUAAUAUCAACGUUGUUCUGAUGUUGUUUACCGCAAACUUUGGUUCAACAGCAGCUAACAGACGUCGAUCGAAUCAACGUUCAUUCAUGGUUGAUUAUACGACGUCAACUUGUGAAGUAAUCUCAACGUUGUUUCAACGUCAAAAGAGUAACGUCGAUCCAAUUUGCACUUUCAAUCCUUUUCAACGUCUAUAUCCAACGUCUGGGAGAUCAUUUCCGACGUUGAUUCAACGUUGAAUAAACGUCGUUUUUCCCGCUAGGAAGAGAGCUCUGAACUACAUCUAGCCUACAUGUAAUUUCAUCACGUUACGUGUAUUAAUGACAAAGAAAAUGCACUGACAAGGAGAUGACAUGUGAACAUAUUUCGCAAAACAUUUCUUGCAAAAAACUGACCUGACGAACAAAAACAGUUAAGUUUUAAAUUAAGAUCGGAUUUUUUCUUCAAAAUUAACUUUCACUGGCAUUUGUUUGUACUGAUUCUCUAUAGGUUAUUUGGAUUCGAUAAGUUUAUGAAUGCCUUUUUAAGGUUUCACCUUUGUAAAUUUGACAACCUUUAUUGUCAUGAUUUAAAUGUUCGAAGUUUUAAUCCAGAGGCAGAGACCAAGCGUCUCUUUGAGGGAUACCAGAUUUUAAGUUUGGAUACUGGACAUCACAAGCUCAGUAUCCAUUGGGAUACUAAACAAGUGUCUGUCCUCCACAGAUAGUGUAUUUUUCUGUACAGUGUAGUAAUACAGUAUAUGAAUCCUUUAUGAACACAUCUUUAAAAUUAGAUUCUUUAUAUCAUCAAAUUCAUCUCAACGGACAGACCAUAGAAAUAAUAGACAUAGAAUGCGUGCUCCUAUCUUUUCUCAGUAAAAAAUUUGUCUCGACAAAAUGGCGCAUUGAAGAGGGCAUUUUGGUUGGUCCCAGACUCCUGAGGCAGGGAAUUUCGCGCGGUUGCAGGGAGUGCGGAUUGUUUUUUCAACUGAAAAGUUUGCAAAAAAUUUUAUAUCGGGGCUUAAAAUGGAAAAAAAGUUUGGUAAAGAAGAAAAAGUGUCUAAAAACCCAUUCCAGUGGGCUUUCUUAGGGGCGGACCAUUAGAAAUCCCGGGAGGGGGGUAUAAAAUUUUUGCGGCACGAAUUUUUUUUUCAGUCUCAUGUCUCUGCAGGAAUUUUUUUUAAUGCAUUUAACCUCUGCACGAAUUUUUUUUCAAGACUACUUGUACUUUGCUGUUUGCUUGCACGAAUUUUUUUUCUCUGACGUAAUGGCUGCACGAAUUUUUUUUCCAGGCAUUUUUCUUUGCACGAAUUUUUUUUUUCGAAUUUUCACCGGCAUGUAGUAAAACACUGACUACCGGAACACCGGAACACCACCGGAACACCACCAUUUUGUUUGGGGUUAGGGUUAGGGUUUGGGGUUAGGGUUGGGGGUUAGGGUUGGGGGUUAGGGUUGGGGGUUGGGAUUAGGGUUAGGUGGUGUUCCGGUGUUCUGGUGGUGUUCCGAUGGUGUUCCGGUGGUGUUCCGGUGUUCCGGUAGUCAGUGUUUUACUACAUGCCAUUUUCACCCCCCCUCCUGGGAUUUCUAAUGGUCCGCCCCUUACGAAACGCAAUAGUUCUGAACAGAAUAUAUGCAGAAAUCGUCGUUUAAAAAUAAAUUUUCAACGUUAUGUUGUAGUGCGAGCCAAAACAAAACACGAAAGAUCAAGACAAACUCUUUUAUAAUAUAAAUGGAGUUCAAUAAUCUUUUUAAACUUACACAAUUAUAUUUCAUAUUUUUCUACUUUGCUUGAGCUUGAGGCAACGCUUUUGAAACCAUGGUUUUCGACGAUUAUUUUUAGGCAAUUUACAGUUUAUCGACAACUAAAUAUUUUUGUUUCAAGAACAUGAAAACACUUCGUUUACAUUGAAGAAAAACGAAACCCGACGAAGAAAGAACUAUCAUUUUGUAAUCUUAUAAGAUAUUGGCAAAACAGUUUAAUAUACGUUCAGAGCAUGCAAAAAUGUUUUUAGUUAUGAGUAAAUUAUAUUUUCGCGAAUCUACUUUAUCAGUUACAAGGCUGCACGAUUUUCACGGUUUUGUAACUGCACAUUUGCUUUAAUAGUUUGUACCUUCAAGGAACUCAAAAUCUAUCCCCAAACUACAAAUUAGACAACAAGACAAAACGUUUUGACGAUGAAAACGUAGUUUUAGCUUUGUUUAUACUUUGCACUCCUGGCCAAAAUUCAAAAUGGCGCAUUCAAAAGGGCACGCGCACGCGGUGAAAAUGUGGAGACAUGAUUCGUCAUCAGCACGCAUUCUAUGUCUAUUAUUAGACAGAUUUAGAUCGAGGACGCGAACGUCAAAGACGACGUGAAAAUGGCGUGGCAUAUCCAUACAUGGGCACAACACGCCAUUUUCACGUCGUCUUUGACGUCCGCGUCCUCGAUCUAAAUCUGUCUAUUUCUAUGGGACAGACACGCAUGUAAAUACUAGCGCGUGCUCAUUCACUCGAACAGAGCGUUGCGUCACCAACAAGGAUCACUGAAAACACGCAAUCAAUGAUAGAUUUAAUUUUCGUGAACAAUCAGCCGCGUGUUGUUUCAAGCGGAAUUUACCCGUUAUCGAUCAGCAAUCAUUCACUUAUUUAUUGCUCGAAUGAAGCAGGAGUCCAAAAAUCAGGCGGAUGUCAUCGAGACAUUAAUUACCGUUGUUACAGGCAUUACGACAAAAGUACUUUUGUUGAUGAUUUAGAAAAAUCAGAUUGGACUUUCGUUGAUUCGUUAGACGACAUUAAUGAAAUCCUAAAUAAAUGGUGCGACACAUUUUUUUGAAUCAGUCAAUAAACAUGCCCCAAUUAAAACCAAAAGAGUAAAAGCGACUGUGAAAGCGCCAUCGCCGCCAUGGAUGACUUCUGAACUACUUGAACUUAUGCGUGAACGUGAUUUCCAUUUAGAUCAUGCCCAAAAAUCUAACUCCGCGGGUUAUUAUUAGAUUAUUUACUGCGAACUUAGAAAUUUCAUAAAUCAACAAGUUAAGAUAUGUGAACCCAACUAUACUACCAAAAUUUCAUCACUAGCUAGUAGAUAAUCCUGGUGAACUUUGGAAAACCGUCAAUGAAAUUACUUCCCACAAUCCAACUAAAACCACUCCUUCGUGCAUUUUGUUUGAAAACAUCCCAGUAACAAUCAUGAACGACUAUAUUUCACGUCUAUAGGGACUAAACUUGCGAAUAGAAUUAAAGAACAAUUCAAACCAAAGUUACGUUCGUCUACCACUACUCCCCUUUCAUUCCAGUUCGAAGAAGUCGAAUUCACAAAGUUCAAACUGUUUACAACUUUGAGUUUUGCGGUUCAUUAUCGAUGUAUAUCUAUAUAUAAAAAGUUAAGAAGGAUUUUCAAAACAUUUGUGUGAUAAUUAUUGCAAAAUUUAAACACGACAAAAUCAUAAUAUUACCUUCUAUAGUUUAGCGCAAGCGGGUUUGACACACAUUUAAAUUCGAGGUAAAUUGUUCUUUUUCAAAUUUUGAAAGUCAUUCACGUCACAGAUUUCUGUUGUGAUGGCUUUUUUUCCUUUUAUAGUUUGUAUAUUUAGGUAAUUUUGAUUCAAUAUUCUUCUUUGGGUAUUAAGUACGAUUUAAAAUGACUUGUGUUUGCGUUUGCUAUUUUUAGCAUUUCGUGACUUAAAACUGACAUUCGAACACGAAAAUGGGUGUAAUCGUGUUUCAGGAACUGAGCAAAUUAAAAACUAACAAGGGUACUGGCCUAGAUGAGAUUAGUGCUAAACUGCAUGUUUAAAGACUCCGUUUGCGUUAUUGCACCAACUCUCACAAAGAUCUUUAACUUCUCGCUAUACGCUGUGGUUCAUUCCUCGAAGAAAGGUAAAGUUACCCCCAUCUGGAAGAAAGGUAAAGUUACCCCCAUUUACAAAUCUAGCGAUCCAACGUCAUAGAACAACUAUAGACCCAUCACUAUUCUACCAACUUUGAGCGUAUAGUCCACCGUCAAAUUUACAAUUAUCUACAAGAGCAUAAGUUAUUGACUUCUGAACUAUUCGGUUUUCGCUCCAAACUCUCCACCAUUGUUGCCCUGGCUCACUUUAGUGAAGAAAUACUCGUUAAUUUUGACAACAAAAAGAUUACGGGCGCCGUUUCCGUUGACCUACGAAAAGCAUUCCACACAGUUGAUCACACAAAAAAAAAUUAAAAUCGAUUGGAUUCUCUACCUCUGUUCUUGAAUGGUUUACAUCAUAUCUAUCGAAUCGCACUCAAGUAACAACCAUCAAUAAUUUAAUGCCUACGCCUAAACCAGUUACUGCAGUUGGUGUUCCACAGGGAAGUAUUCUCGGUUCUUCUCUUAAUUUACCUUAAUGACCUACCUGAACGCCUCAAACACUGCAAGUCGAUACUUUAUGCUGAUGAUAUACACUUCUAUACUAUUCUGCAGACAAUAUCUCAGAGCUUCAGUCAAAACUCAACUCCGAUCUUCAAUCCCUCUCCACUUACCUGAACCUCCUCACACUCAAUCAUGACAAGACGAAAUUUAUAAUCUUUGCUGGUAGACAACGUUUAAAAACAAUCUCUAACAUCGACAACAAUAUCUAGGAUCGAAAGAUUAAACAAGAUCAUGCAUUGGAAUACCUGGGUAUCACGAUCAGUGAAAAUCUCUCAUGGAAUGAAUAUAUCGAGAACUUGACGAGCAACAUCAGUCGAAGACUAGGAAUGUUGCGCCGAAUCAAACCAUAAUACUAUACCACUAAAUGCAAGAUUAGCUUUCUAUACCGCUACAAUUCUACCGUUAUUCGAACGAGACAUUAUUUAUGGUGACAAGAACAACACUGGACUCGUGAACUCUUUACAAACCUUAGAAAAUAAAACCGCUAAAUUGAUUCUAGAUCCUCCUCCCUCUUCAGCGACUGACGCUUUCGCUAACCUUGAAUAUGGUUACUCUUUCCUCCCACAGACAUAAACAUCGCUGUAUCUUCAUCUACAAAUGUACUAAUGGACUGUUCGAUUUUGACUUUAAACUAACAACUAACAACUGUAUUCAUUCCUACAACACAAGAUCCUGCAACAACCUUCAUCUUCCGAAAGCCAACACGAACUGGGGUAAACUUAGACCGACUUACUACGUUUCGAAGGACUUAAUUCAACAAUUCGAACCGCUCCGCGUUACAAACGUCAGUUCUCUGUCUCAAUGUGAGACUCAAUUAAAUCUAUACUUCGUACAUAGACAUAGUUAUUUGCAUGCUUGAUAUAUUUUAAAUAUAUGUGUACAGUUUAGUUCGUGGGUGUGCAUCGUGCCUCUACAUAUUAAUUUUGAGCAAUAGUAUCUUAACUUCCUGACUACAGAAUCGAUUGAUUCUUUCCUUACCAUUUGCGGCACGUUACAUGCUUACUGAAUAAAUUAAAUUUUUGAUGAAUUAUAUAUUAAUUGUUCUUUUAUCAUUGUUGUAACGUUGUAAUAUUUAAAUAAUUGUAAUUUUGAUGCAGGACCCCACUGAAAAGCACGUAAGUGAUAUCCUGAUAAGCAACCAAAAGCAGAUAUAUGUAGACAACCUAAAUUUUCACCCCUGCAUGGUGUUCCAAAGUUGUUAAAACUUUGUGUUCAAAACAUAAUCGCUCGCUCCUACAGUCGCCAUGUCGUUUGAUUGCAAAGUGACGACAAGUUUCCCAUUGUCUCUGGUAAAUAUGAGCUCUCUCGCAAGUUAUAUAAUAACUGUUUUUUUACUUACCAUGUCUUUAUAUCUACUUUUAAGAACAUGUUCGUGAUAAGUGUUAUUUAUUGAAAGGACGCAUAAAAAACAUGAUGCAUUUAACUACUAGAAAGUUGUCCCAUUCCACAAUUAUGCAGUCCCUACCUCAUGUGAUCCUAAGAAGUUGAACAUGCACCUACUAUAUAACAGUGCUUAAAGACGACGAAAGAUUGAAAACAAUGAAAUCUUGUAAAACAAUAACUUCCUUUAAUUAAUUAAUUAGUUAAGAAUGAAGAAGAUUAAACAUUUUUGUUUUCACUAAAAACCUAGGAGUAUUUAAGGUGGCUCCCUACAGUUAAUACAGUUUAAAAUACGAUUUAUAUAGAUCAGACUUCAUCCUCGCGACCUGCGCGUGGAAUCGUCGUGUUCACUGUUCGGGCCGGUUCGGCAAAAAUAUUGAAACAAGCCGCGGGAAGUUUUUUGGUGUUUUUAUCUACAAAGAAAGCUCCAGUUUUUCAUUAUAAUCCUAAUUUUUUCUGAAUUCGAACAGUACGUAUGUUAUUAACUAGUUUAACCUAUCUUUUAGUGUGUUUUUACGUAUUUAAGUUCAUAAUGCUCAACAUUUUCAACUUGUUGUGUUGCGAACUGUCAAUCUGAAAUGAUACUGUCUUCUAAGAACUCUUGAACAGUAGUGAACUGUCGCCGAAACUUAUGUAAGUCCUGUCAAUCAAUUCAAUUCACAAGUAUCGUUUUAUCUGCUAAAUCAAAUAAAACAGUUAUGCGUUGUUUUAUAUGAAAAGCUAAACUUGUAGUUCGAUGUUUUGAAAAGUUUUCACACCGAUUUUAACAACAAAAACAAAUGUAAAGAAACACUGAAUUUAAUACAAUGCGUAAUAGUGUUUCUAUUAUUAGUUCUCGUGUUUUCUUCGGUGAAUUUUUUUUAAACUUUGUCUUUUUGUUAUACAAGACGAGUGGCACAACAUAUCCAAAUUUUAAGAAAUUCUACUUUUUCUGUAGCCGUUAUUCACGAAUAUCUCGAAAACUUAUUUGUAAACCUCCCUUCAAAUUUUGAUAUGUUUUUCCUUUAUGAACCAUAAAUCUUCAAAACACAAUUCAGAAAAAUUCACCGAAGGAAAAUAUAAAUAUUGUCAAUUUAUUGUGAAAUUAGUCAAUAAAGGUGCAAAAGAUUAAACGUCAUGGUUGCCAUGGCAACACGAACACUGUUUUAAUUUGUUCAUAAAUGAACAGCACACAGCUUCUGAACUUUCCUGGAAAUGAUCAUAUUGCCCUGUCUUAAGUGUAUUUAAUAUAAAUUCGGUUGAAAGCGAACGUUGCUCAAAAUACAUAGCAUUGUAGAGAACUGUAGGGACCCACCUUAAGAAAGCAUCUGCCAUCGUCUCAUCAGCGCACCUUGACAAACAGGUGUCAAAUAUACGAGUCAUCGCGAAUAACAAAAGAGGCCAUUUUCCUGGAGUCUUACUUCAAGUUAUUGUUGGGAGACGUGUUGAACAAUUUAAACAUUCAUAAUUAUAAUUUUGCCAAGACAGCCUAUAGAGUUGUCCUUCUCCACUCUAAUUAUGGGGUAUAAGAACUAUUGAAAGGAUUAGCAUGCCAAGACUGCUUAUAUCGACGAUUAUAUUAAGACCUCAAGAGAUAUAUUACAUACUAUGUAAUAUUUAAAGUACUGUAUAAACAGAAGAAAAAGAGAAACCAUGCCAUUACAUGACAUUCAAAGGCCUUCAUGUGUAGCUUUCUUCACGUCUACAACUAUUCUCUAAAAAUGUAUACGGAGUAAUAUAAAAAGAGCGCUGUACCUCGAAAUUCCAUUAAAUCAUUCUAUAAUCUUCGUUAAAACAAUAAGAGAUAAGAGAAGCGAUUCAGACCUUUCCAACAAGUACCAGCACUUCUUUCCAGAUAAUGAAAACGUGCCACUACCAGAAAAAAGAACAAAGUAUGACAAAGGAUGUUGAGAUUAAGCCAUGGGUGAAGUGAUGAAGAUGCUAGCAGGAAAAAAGGAAGCAUGUGUGAAUAAUGUCUUUAUAAGUCUUUCAAAAUACGCAUCUUGAUUUUUAUAACUUAGCAACACAGUCAGAAAGGCGGUAUUCAUGAAGAAGAAAAAUUACGACUGAUUUGCGCUGUCCAGCCAAAGGAAUUUGCUGGAUCACCAGUUAACAAGCAAUGUUUUUUAGUCGACCCAACCCCAUUUGGAAACAAACACUUUGGAAUGCCGAAUCGGUGUUUUGUUCGCGUACUUGCUAAUUUAUAAGUUAUACAGUGUAGCACUACAUUAUACUUCUUUCUGGCUGGAAUACAAUCCAUUUUUUUCGUAUAGGCAAUAGCAUGGUUUCGAGUGCAAUUUGGAUAUAACAUGCACGAGUGAGUUUUUCAAAGACCUCAAAAUAGCACGAUGUUUAUCCAAAUUUCACGAGAAACCAUGCUAUUACUUAUUAAUAAUUUACAUAAAAAUGUUCGAGACAAUUGUAGUUUUAACUUAGUUUUAUAUAGCGAACAUUCCACUGGCAAAGUUUUCCUGGCUUUGUUAUAGGCGUAUCACAUUAUAUGCAACGCUAACAGCUUGAAAAUUCCACUCCCAACCAGAUCAGUUUGUUACAGAUUUUUGCACUGUUGUUACAGAUUUUUUGCACUGUUGUUACAGAUUUUUGCACUGCUGUUUGGGAUUAAAUGCACUGAAAUCAACCAAUCACAGUCGAGUAAUAUUUUUUAUGUAUAUUAUUAAUUCAAUUAAAGUAUGCAUUUCGAAUAAUGUUGAGGAGAAAUGUCAUUCAAGUGGAUACGAUUAUACUGCUACCACAUAUCAUGAAUCUGGUAAGGCAUCUAUACUUCCACGCGUCUUAUCAACAAACCAUAGGUGGAUUUUUCGAAUAGUAUGUCUUGUCAUUCGUGCGAAAAAGUGUAAUCGUUAAUGAAAGGCUUUGAUUUUUGUGAACAUUUUAUUGUUACAAUAUGCUAUGAUAACAUUCUGCUCCUAUAUAGAAUCAAAUGAAAUUGAUGGAUACUUAAUAAGCACUCAGUUUCACCAAUAAGAUUAUAUAUAUGUCCCUCCUUAGGAGGGUCGGCCUCCUUUAUUCAUGUACUGUACAGACAAAUAUAAAAAUUGUUUCCUUUGCACUUGAAUUGAAUGCACUUUAAUUAUUUCUAACAAGCAGAUAGUUCACACGAAAUGACGAUGACGCUGAACUGCACCAACCGUUGUCACUCGAUGAGUCAAGAGGAUACUAUAAUUAUAUGCUGAUUCAACUGCCUCAUUCCCAUGCCUGCGCUUUUACGAACUAAAUGAAAUUCCAACUGCCCCUUCGUGUGCUGCAUGGCAUGACCCAUCCAGUGCAGAUGACUUGCAUUUUUGUAUUGAAUGUUUCCAUCACUGUAUGUAUUGACGCACUGUAUUGCCAGAAUGUUGCCAAUUUAUUAGGUCACAACGUAAAUGCGAUCACACACCCCUCGUUGAAAUCAACUUCGGUUGACGGGGUCAGCGUGUUUAAAUAAUUAUUAAUUAAGGUUUAAUUUCAUUCGUUCGUUCAUUCAUUCGUUCAAGUUAAUUGUUGCCUUGUUCGCCUCAAGACCCUGUACUCCCUGCGGUAGCAAUUAGAUUUAUUUAGCACUGGUUAAUUGAAGAGCUACAACUUUAUUUCAAUGAAAGUUCUUAUAUAUGGCAUUUGUAUUGUUUUAGGGAUGUGCAACGUAUUGGGAGUUUUGGCAAGUUUAAAAAUUUGCAAAGACUGUGGCUUAACGGAAAUAAGGUUACUAUAAGAAUUGAUUUGUCAAAAUAUUCAUUUUUGGCAGCUAAAUUUGUUAUUCACGUAAUCCAUAGCCAUAGGUUUCAACUAUGCCCAAUAAUUAAAAUUUUUUUGUCCAAUUGUAAUCAAUGCAUCCAUUAUUGGUGUUUGAAUUCAAGUGACAUAUUAUCAUGCUUAAAGGGGAAGUCAAGUCCGUAAUGUAAACAAACGGUUUGUUUACAUUUUGAACUGCUGUAUUUUUUAAAAUAUGAUGUACUGUCUGAAUAUCUAACACCAUUUUGGUUCGCUAUGCUUCUAAAUGAAUAUGAAAUAGAGUUUAUGUUCAAAAAAAUUCGAAACAUUCGAAAUUUGGGCAAUGUUCACAUUAGAGGUCCUCACAUUGUUAUGAGCAGAACCGAUGCGCAGAACGGACUUGACUUCCCCUUUAAUGUUUUCAAUGAUAAAAAUGAUACUUAUCGAUUAUAAUUCGAUACUCAAAUCACCUGUUGUCUUCAAUAUAUUUUUAGCGUACAUGCAUGGAUACUAUAUAAUGGGUGCCUUAAUUUUUUGCAAUUCUAGGCGUAUAUUCAUGCAUAAUUGUAUCAUCCACCAUUUGUUUGCACUGAGUAUUUACUCGGUUGACCGUUUUCAUUUUGGUAGUUAAGGAGGAUUAACUGUCUUCAUGAAAACUUUCGCUUGACGGAGCUUUAUCUCCAACAUAACUUGCUCGUGGAUAUUACUGGAUCUCUUCGCCAUCUCACAGAAUUGCAAGUUUUGAUGUUGCAAGGAAACCAGUUAAAACACUUAACAGACGUAAUUCACGAAUUGGGAAGAAUGCAAAGAUUACAAGUUUUGAGUAAGAAAUUAGAUAAUUUACUGGAAAUGUUGUCUUAGGGUAGUGCGUGCGCGUUCGGCUUUUAGUUAUGACUGAAACGUUAUGGAAAAUCACCAACUAAUUCGUUCAUGUUGUUCAAGAAAUAUAUAAUCCUCUAAUUGUUCUUUUGAGCGAUAUUUUACCCGUUUAUUAAUGAACAUAUCGGAAAUUAUUAACGUAAAUGAAAGAUUUGCAUUUGUCUAAGCAUUGUUGGGUAUGCCUAUACUGAUAUGAAAAAUCCUAAAAAUUUCUUCCAAACAAUCUCAAAAGAUAAUAAUUUAUACUAUAUAUAAAUUCAGGAGAAAAUAACGGAGAUUUCAGAAAAACCGUCAGAAGUCAGAAAAAUCAUAAAGGAUAAUCCUUAUGCUAUACGCUUUUCACAUAAUACUUAUACCAUCAUUGCCAUUAUGCAUGCUUUUCACUGAUAUUAAGAGAAAAAGGCACAUUUUUUCUUCAUUGACUUAUUUAAAGCAUGCGCUGAUAGCUUCAUGCGGGCGCUUGAAGUAUAUAAUGCGUGGGACUAAUAGAUGUAUAUGCAUGUGUGUUGCCUUACAUUCUAACGAUUUUGUAAUAAUUUAUUGGCAUGUUAUGUGUUUGACGUCAAAUACCAGGUCGACAAUGCUCUAGAAAAAUAUCGUGAGUCAAGUGCUGAAAUAAAAUUAUGUUGCAUUCUGCAGAUCUCUUUGGCAAUCCUUUGGCACAAGAUUAUGACUAUCGAAAUUAUGUAAUUCACAAUAUUAAAUCUCUUCAACGCCUUGAUCGCCGAGGUAUUUUGUUCUUUAUCGCUGUAUCGCUUUGGUUUCUAUCUAUUAUUGAUGUUUUUCACGAUCGAUAUUUUUUCAGAAAUUUUGAAAAAAGAAAGGGUUAUUGCUCAAAAGAGAUACGGAGAUGAAUGUUAUGAACGGCUUAAAGAAACUUUAGCCUUUGGAAGUCGAGUUCCAACCACGGAAAGUAAAGUCAGUGACUCUGAAGUGGUGUCCCAUAGAGGUGUUACUGCCGAGAAAUCAGCACAAUGCAUUCAACAAGGUAUGGAGUGUGAACUUAAAUUAUUUUUGUAAUAAAUUGUCACCCUUACUUACCUAUAUACAAGCUGUGUUUCGUGUUAUAUUUUACAAAAUGAACAACAUACUUCAUGCAUAUAUUAAGUUCCUUGGAGUUUCGCAUGGCGAAUACUAAUAUCAGUUUUGGUUUGUGAAACACCACGUAAAUUUAUUAUUUGCAUAAAAUAUUCUGAUCAUGCAAAUAAUAAAUUUACGUGGUGUUUCCACAAACCAAAACUGAUAUUAUAUUUCAUACGUCAGCAAUUCGCUUGAAGAAAUGUCUAAGUUCAGCUAUUCUAUCUUUGAACUAUCUUUAAGUGUAAGUGUAACCUGGGUUUUAAUAAUCUUGAAACAGGGCAAUGCAAAUGUUUAAGAGGCUGUCUCUGUAAGAACCGACCAGUGAUUCUGGGAUUGUCAUAUUUUUGUUAAUUGUUAGGCUUAGUAAGCAUACCAUGGAAUCGCACUUAAAAUUUUUCAACUUGUGUUUUCCCCCGAGAUUUUCAGCUUUUUGUCCUUAAGCCAAAUAAUAGCGGUUUUAGCGCUUCACUGAGUUCACUCGACACUUUUAUACCGUCCUAUAGCACAGUCGCAUGAUCGAUUCUCUGAAUUGUUUAAACUUCAACGUUUUAACAUCACGUGUCUGAUUUUAUUAGGUUCGAAACGCAUUUAAUUUAUUAUUUAUCGGAGUCUGCUUUGAACAGUUCUUCCGUUAUCGGCUGUGCCAUCAAACGUAUAGGUCAUUGUGCGAUCGUUUUUCUCAAAAGUGUCACCAUUUACAAACUCUGCCUCGGAGGAUUUUGGAAGUACUAAUGAUGCACUAUAUUCUUAUCGAAAAAUAUUCGCGAGGAAAUAAUUUGAAAAUAUUUUAAUCGCGGCGUAAAGUUUCCUGAUUUUUACCCAGACACCGGAAAUGGCAAUCAAUUUCUAGCGAAUAUAUUCCCAGGUAUUUGGAGCAAUUUUUAGCAAAGUCAAUAAAAGGAUCUAGCUUGUUUCUGUCUGCUCGAAUCCUGUUUUGUUUGAUUCUCGCCACUUCGUUACCUGGAUCAUUUAACUUAGCAUGGACCCUUGCUUUCUUGAUUUGCCAUUUCGUUAUUCUUCCGUACGGCUCGUGUAUUUUCAUCAGAGUUUCCGUUGGAUAUCUGUGCACAUAAAUAAUCAAAAUUUGAAGUUUUGCGUUUCCAGCGGCGGCAAAUUGGUAUGCAGACACGAGUACGACAAGAUCUUGGACACCUGAGGUUGCGAAGAGUAUACUGUCGCAUUGAACAAUUCCUCUCCAGCAAAUGCGCAAUAUAGCCUCACGGACAACCAUGCACACAUUUGUUGCUUUUUCAAUGCAGACAUCUUUCUCAGUACUUCGUGUGUCGUUCCAGGUGAUUGAAACGUCAAACUAUCUGGUUUACCCUUAGAUGUUACCAACGUUAUACGAGUUAUUGCUUCGUUGUAUAUUUCUACAGCAUUAGGCUUUUCAUUUUCACUGUUCUUCGCGACAGGAGUAUCGUCUACGACACGGGUCGUUAAGAUGUUUUGUGGCUGUUUUCGUUGAUAUUUCUUCUUUAUAUUUUAAACACCUGAAAACUCGGCGGAAGAACAACUUCAAGGCGGCCCAAUAUUGUUUUGGUCGUGUUCCCACAUUGCGUAUUUGUAUACUUCACAGCAGGACGUCAUAACGUUGAUUAUGACUUUCAUAUUCAACGUUAUGACGUCACUCCGGUGAAUAUUAUGUCAAAACUUCAUAUUUGGUCAGCUAUUGAGUUGAUAUGACGAUUUCACCGUUGAUUGUCAGUCAACCUGACAUAUUCUUUCUUCGAACAACUAGAACUUGGAACUCUCUCCCAGAGCAUUAUAUUUAAGGCUUAAUUAAUAAUCUUUCUUUUAUCAGUUCAAUUUAAGAAAGGAAUAUUAGCAUACUACUUGACUGACUUACGAACCUGUUACAACGCUGACGAUUCACGAACUUGGAAGACUGUCUGUAUCAAAUGUAACACAAGCAGAAGUGUCAUCCGACCAUUAACCUGCUGUUACUAAAGGGGUGUUCACACAUUGCAAUUUGUCCUGUGCGAUUCGUUUUCUGGUGCAUAAAUUUCAUUUGCUGCCACAAUUCCAAAAAAAUCCGAAUGAAGGUGGCUCGAUAUAGUUAUCACAAGAACCCUAUAUGUCAAUUGCUGACGUCAUUAGAAUUUUCCAUUUUAGAAAAACAAUGCGCUAUAUCUCUUUAUUUUGUCUGGUGACCUAUGUUCAAAUUUUGCAUGCUGUGUUGCACCGCUAAAAACUUUCAUUAUACAAAAAAUAAAAAAAUCUGUAAUGUCAAAAAAAUUUUACCGAAGAAUAUGACAUUUUCGCAUUUUCCAAAAAAAUGGCAUUACAGAAUUUUUUUAUAUUUUGCUAAAUGCUAAAAGCUUUUAGUCCAAGUAACAUAAUGCACGAAAAAAAAUUGGGGGUCACCAUGCUUCUUUUCCAACUAUACGAGGCGAUAGACCAUUUUGGAGUGAAUUUCGUACACGUAUGUCGUCAUAGCAACGAACUAUCUGUUACUAAAACUAAUAUAAUUUGAAAGUAGAGUUAUCAAAAUAUAUAAAAAAACCAAUAUUUGCUUUUUAAAUCCUAAAAAUGCGUAGUUUGAACAUGUCAAAGUGUUGAACACCUGAAUUUUUGAAAACUGUAUCGAGCCACCUUAAGGUGAAAUUUGAAAUGCACAAAUUUGCGCGUGCCUACCAUAGAAAUAAUAGAUAUAGAAUGCGUACUUGAUCACGAAUCAUAUCUCCACUUUUUCUCAUGCGUGCCCUUGUAUAAAUCCGCCUUGGUAAAUUUGUCUAGGAGUGCCAAAUACAAAAUAUAAACAAAGCUAAAACUACGUUUUCAUCGUCAAAACGUUUGUCUUGUUGUCUAAUUUGUAGUUUGGAGAUAGAUUUUGAGUUCUUUGAAGGCAAAAACUGUCAAAGCAAUUGUGCAGUUACAAAAACGGUGAAAAUAGUGCAGCCUUGUAAAAACAAAGUAGUUUCGCGUAAAUAUAAUUUACUCAUAAAACAUUUUUGCAUGCUCUGAACGUCACUACUUCACUGUUUUGCUAAUAUUUUAUAAGAUUACAAAAUAAUAGUUCUUUCUUCGUCGACGAGUUUCGUUUUUGUUCAAUUUAAAGAAGUUUUGCAAACUUUGCAGUUGAAAAAACAAUUCGUACUCCCUGCAACCGCGCGAAAUUCCCCGCCUCAGGAGUCUGGGACCAACCAAAAUGUCCUUACAAAUCCGCCAUUUUGUGGAGACAAAUUUUUCAUUGAGAAAAGAUAGGAGUACGCAUUCUAUAUCUAUUAUUUCUAUGGUGCCUACCCGAUUUCAUACGCCAGAAUACGAGUCGUACACGGCGGAUCGCGGUGUGUAAACGUACCCUAAUUAAUUAAUUAAAUAAUGUUAUUUCUGUUUUAUUUUUAUUGAAAUUUUGUAAAGGGCCCACUGUAAUUGGUGUUAAGCUGUUGUGGUGUCCCAACUUCUUUAAUGCAAUUGUUGUAUGAUGUUUGGAAGCGAAGCACAAUAAAUAAAUAAAUAAACCCUGGUGCCAAACUAUCGUCCAAUUUGCCUUCUGUCUUUAAUCAGCAAAUUGUGGGAGCGUUGCAUCCCGGCUUAGGACGUUACUACCCGAGCUCAUCCAUCUCUUAACAUCUGUACAGCAUGGCGUUGUUCGAGGCAGAUCUUGCGUUACGCAGUGUAAAAUCAGUUCUUCACGACUUCGGUAUCAUUUUCCUUGACUUUAGUAAAGCCUUUGACUCGGUGCUUCAUGGAAGACUCUUACAUAAAAUAUCACUGUUUGGUGUCCAGGGUCCUCUACACGCGUGAUUUACAGACUAUACAUUAAUUCGAGAUCUCAGCGGGUUGUUACUGAUGGGACAUUCUCCUCGUGGGUAACUGUAACAUCUGGUGUUCCUCAAGGUAGUAUUUUUGGAACCUUUCCUUUUCCUUUUGUACGUUAACGACGUGCCUGUUGUACUCGGCAAGACAACAUCUGUUGGCCUUUUUGCUGAUGAUGCCAAAUGUUCCCGAGUGUUUCGUGACCUGGAGGAUUGUUCUGCUUUUCAGCGUAAUUUAACCUCAGUAUCUAAAUGGUCUAACGAUUGGGGACUAUCAUUUAACAGCAACAAUUGCGAAGUUAUAAGAAUAUCCAGAGAACGACGCAGUCUGUUGGAAUUCCGUUAGUCCCUCCACCAUGCAUUGAUGACCAUGCAUCCACUUGCUUUGGUCACCUCGUCAAAAGAUCUCGGAGUCGUAUAGUUAACAAUAAGCUUACCUGGAACCGUCACAUUUCUUCUGUUGUUGCCAAAGCCAACAAGACUCUCCGCUUUCUAUAUAUACAUCGGCAUUUCGGUAAUUCCUACAUUGGACCUGCACACAGAAGAUUACUGCAUUUAUCACUGGUGUAUUUUCCACCUAAGUUAUGCUAGCGAAUUCUGAGCUCGCUGUCAUGCAAAUGCGAUAUGAAAUUACUGCAUGGAGAAUGUAGUGAGGCGAGCUGCCAGAUUCAUUCUUAAUUGUAGCGAAGAUCCUAACGUCCGACCCAACUACAAGUCUCGCUUGAUUUAUCUGAAUCUGCUUCCUGUUUCUUACUGGCUGGAGUGUCGUGAUCUAUGCUUUGUGUACAAAUAUAUAAACGGUUUAUUUCAAUGUACGUACAGCAUGAAGAAUAUACAUUCAAAUCUCAAGUGGCUGAAUCAGGAGCUGUACUGUUAACUGGGUACAUGUGCAAACUGCCACCGUACUUCAAUAUUUAGAGACUCCCUCUUCAAUCGUAUUGUGCAAGUAUGGAACAAUUUACCACUUGAAAUUCGUAAAACAGCUACUUUCGGUUCCUUUUUGAAACUCGAUUGUACAAACAUUAUUUCAAUAGGCUGAAUAACAUUUUUGAUACGGACAGAGUAUUAUAAGAACGUGGAAGACAAUAUGUCCUUAUUGUAAGUCUAUUGACGGACCUUCCUGCCGUUGAAAGUUACACGGGAAACAAGCAGCGAGGGGUGUAUUUCAUCCCUUGACUAGCAGGAUACGUCAUCUUCUAUAACAUGUUAGAAACCAGUUCUUAUAUAUUUAAACUUAUUUUACCUUCUACUUUCAGUAGUUGCGCUACCAGGCCAGGAAUCAUGGCUAGAGUUGACAAGUCAGUUUCAUGUCACACGGUCAUGAAGUUCAAAUUGUUUACAACUUUAAGUUUUGUGGUUUGUUAUCAAUGUCAUGCAUGCAUUGUACGUUUAUAUAAAAAAAAGUUUAGAAGAAUUUUCAAAAUAUUUUAGUGAUAAUUAUUGAAAAAAAAUUAAGCACAACAAAAUCAUAUAUACUACUAAAGUCUAGCACAAUGUGGGUUUGAUACAUAGUUAAUUUUGACGUUAAAUUGUUCUUUUUCAAACUUUAAAUAUGUGAUUCACUGAUUCACGACACAGAUUUUUUGUUGUGAUAGUCAGUCAUUUCUUUUACAGUUUGUAUAUUAUAUUUUAGCUCAUUUUGGGACAACAUGCAUUCUUCUUUAGGUGUUAAAAACGGUUUAAAAGUCUUUUGUUUACGUUUGCUAUUUUAGCAGUUCACGUGACAUGAAACUUUACAUUUGAACUGAAAUUAUUUUCGGGUAGGUCGCAUUGUUUUGAAAACGGGUUUAAAACAAAACAUUAUACGAACUUAUUUCCAGUCAUUAGAUCCAAGUAAUUGGAGUUUCGAAAUUAGCGUCAGACCACAAAAAUGGCGUAUGCUAGCUGCUUAGUAGUAUUUAGAGAACUUUAAUACAUGAGUAUUUUCUGUUGCGCAUGGGGUUUGCCUUGUUGGGACUUCGAAUUCGUUUGCCAAUCCCUUAUCAAACUCGUCUUUUGAUAUUUGUAAUGACUACUAUUUUUGUUUUAACGUACACUGGAAAAAGAAAGUGGAAUCCAUGCUACGAAAUUUGCAAUUGCACCACUAAAUCCAUAGUAUAUCCAUCCUAUUUCCAUACUAUAUCCUUAUUAUGAAAUAUCACAGGGAGCCCAAGCGUUAUUAUUCGACACGACACUCAUUGUGUUGUAUCUUUUUCAGUUUAUUUAUUUUGUGUCUUUAUAUUGCUUUUUAAUUGAAUUAUAACACUACAUUACACUAAUAUGUUAUAUAAUAAUAAUACUCCUGUAGUCGAACAUAUAAUAACAACAUAUAAGUUGAUUUGUAUUUGUAUGUUUUUCAGUUUAUUUAUUUAAGAUCUAUUAUUAGAUUAUAUAAAAGCACCGCCUUUCGAACCUGACAGCCCGUUCGCAGGACACGCGCGUUAUUUGCACUGGAAAUAGGAAACGAGACAAGGGAUGAAAUUACAAUACGGGAAUGUUUUAUUUUGAAGCCGUAUGUGCUUGUUAAAACGAAUUUUAGCUUGAAAUUCGGCUACAUGAUAUGUCUAAGGCUAAAGUACAUAGCCAUUGAAAAAUUUUGUGAAAUAAAAGCCCUAGAGUCUUCUAAAUUGCUAUAGUUUUUAAUAACGACGUUUCGUAGCAUUACCGACUUGACUGGACCUAAUGUAUUUAAUUUUAGAUUUUAAACAUUGAAGCCGUUACGGUCGACACAAAUUGGCUUCUCACCUCGAGUUGUAUUCGAGUUAGUUUCCUUGUUUAUAUCAUUGAUUCCCAAAGGUUGACGGCGUUAUUCGACACGACACUCAUUGCAUAAUUAUCGGUCCACUCAAGUUGGGGCGUUCAUAAUACGAUAAACUUUAAGAGUUUCAUCCCUUGUCACAUAUUUAUAUCUUGCCCGCGCGUACCCUGCGAACGGGCCGUCAGGUUCGAAAGGCGGUGCUUUUAAAUAAUCUAAUAAUAGAUCUUAAAUAAGUAAACUGAAAAACAUACAAAUACAAAUCAACUUAUAUGUUGUUAUUAUAUGUUCGACUACAGGAGUAUUAUUAUUAUAUAACAUAUUAGUGUAAUGUAGUGUUAUAAUUCAAUUAAAAAGCAAUAUAAAGACACUAAAAUAAAUAAACUGAAAAAGAUACAACACAGACACAGAUCAACGCUUGGGCUCCCUGUGGAAAUAUAUAAUUAUUAUGGAUAACCAAAAUCCAUUCUAUUUCCAAUAAAGGUCCAUACAAUUUCCAUUCAAUGACCUUCUAUGGUUUUCAAAUUUUUUUCCAGUGGUAUAGUUUUGUAAAGUUCGAUUAGAGCUUAUUAUUAUUUUUAUAUUAUUAUCAAUCAGAAAUCAUGAAUCUUUUAAAUAAAUAAUGAUUGUUAAAUAAUCACCUUCUUUAUUCCGGUUUAGACUUGUGCUUUGAUGCUGCUCAUACUGUAAUCUCUGCGGAAGUGGACAGGUAUGCAUGCUGUCAACUAAAAACACUAUGGCCAACAGAUAGGCUUGUGAAAGGGUAUAUGAAUAAGAAUAAGAGAAACAAUAAUAAUUUUGGUUUAAACUCGAAUUAUGAGUUAACUAUAUAUCGGAAAAUAAAUCAAGUGAAGCUAUAAAAUAUAUGCUUUUGCUCAAGUAAAUUUUAAAACAGCUGUACCAAGAUAUAAGGUAAAGGAGUGAAUGGUUGCGUCCCACCCGAGCCUUUACUUAUUUCUGACCCUAAUAUAUAAUAUAAUUAUAUAUAUAUAUAUAUAUAUAUAUAUAUAUAUAUAUAUAUAUAUAUAUAUAUAUAUAUAUAUAUAUAUAUAUAUAUAUUAGUCCUAAUAGAUAUCCUUUCACACUUCCGUCCCCAUAUAGUAUUAUGCAUGCACCAGCCUCACACAUAAAUCGUCAGUUUUACAUAUAACGUUUUAGUCUUUGCAUCGAACAGUUUUUUAUACAUGGUUUUUGUUAGCAUGAUACAAAGAUCAACAUUAAAUUUGAAGAAAGAGAAGAGCAAAUCGUUUUCCGAACGACGAGAAACUCAAACAGGUCGGAGAUCCCUUAUGGAAUAUACAGCCUUUGAUUGGUCAGCUAUGCCAUUGUCAGAAGAACGGCGGCUCGCUGAAGACUCAGAUCAACCUAUGAAAGUAGUGACUAUGUAUUUAAGAUAGACUGCGAUUAUAUAGGUUCUGAAAUGUCUUUCUUGAAACUAUUACUAUGUUUUACAAGAAUAACAUUGAAUGAAAUUUCUCCAUAAUUUAUGUUCCAGUUCAAUAUAUAGCUAUUGUGUAAAUAUUAAUAAUUAAGCCAGAGUCUCUGUUCAACUGAUAUUUAAAAGAGAACUACGUAUACAGUAUCAUGCAUGCUCAUAUUAAUAAUGCAGUUCGAAAGACGUAUAGUCGAUUAACGUGUGCCAUUAUUGCUCCCAUCCAUUCACAUUUCCCUCACUUUGGACACAAUUUCAUUCAAGAAAUGAAUAAUAUGUAAUAUAUAUUAAGGGAAAAUUCUAAGAAUAAUCCUUCCUCUUCGAGUGCGUAUAUAUUGGUGAAGGUCGUGCAUUACGACCCAAAAAUACGGCCCUUUCGCAAAGUACGCCACUUUGCAUGGCUAUAUAUAUGUAGAACCUCGUUUUCGUAUAAUUAUGUAACAUUAUACUAUAUAGUUAAAGUCCCAUGUCUCAAAUACGAAAACCGCGAGGCUGUGAAACAAAGUGACGUAUAUUUUGCGAAAGCGUGCAUGUAUUCAUUAAAUAUUAUAGAAUUAUAAAUGCCUACAUGGUGACCUUUGUUGUUUAUUUCUUAUUUCUCCAUGGAAUACGUCUUGUCAAUAUUGGCUUUUAGUACAAUUUUGGCUUUUAACAUCAGAUAAAUUAGGCUACAAUUUAGAAACAUUGUGACAUAUUUUCUCAUAAUUCAUUAAACAGGAA